UUUGCUAUGUGAAUCGUUAUGAAUUUGGAAUCUGAGGUAUCAGUUCAAAUUACUUCAUAUGAUUUGAUUAUUUUUAAUAUGCUAUGAAGUUUUAAUAAAACUUAAAAUGUCUUCUGUUGUUAAUAAUAACGACGUCACACCAGGUUGUAUAUACAGGAUAUAUCUUCAAAACUUUGUGACAUAUAAGGAGGUUGAAUUAUACCCAGGUACGUCAUUAAAUUUAAUUAUCGGUCCAAAUGGAACAGGAAAAUCAACCUUUCUUAAUGCUAUUAUAUUGGGACUCUGUGGAAAAACUAGCAUUAUUGGAAGAGCAGAAAAAGUUUCAGAUUAUAUAAGGACUAAUUGUGAGACUGCUACUAUUGAACUAGAGCUAUACCAGGAAAAAGGAAAGAAUAAUGUCAUUAUUAAAAGGACUAUAAAUUUACAAGAUGUGUCAACGUGGAGCAUUGACAAUGUAGCCGUUAGUGAGAAACAGGUUCAGGAACUUAUUGAAAAAUUUAAUAUACAGGUGGAUAAUCUCUGCCAGCUUUUACCACAAGACAAAGUGCAUGAUUUUUCUGAUCUAAAUCCAAAAGAGCUCUUGAAAAGUACGCUAUCAGCGGUUAAAGGAGAAGAUAGCGUUAAAAAACUCGAUAAAUUGAUCGAAACAAGUUUAGAACAAGAAAAUUUGAAGAAAAGUGUAAACCAGACUGUAACUCAACUGAGUAAUCUGAAGAGCGACAAUGAAAGGUUAAGGGCAAAAGUCGAGGUGAUGAGAAAGAGAAACGAAUUCGAAGAUAAAAUACAAAUUUGCGAACGGAAAAAAAUGUGGUUGGAAAGUAAAGAGCUGAAGGAGCAGGUCAGCCACCAUGAGUCUGAAAACAAAAAUGCUAUUGCUGCACUUAAAAGAUGCGAGAAUAAAUUAAAACCAAUUCAGAAUAGUCUGGAGAACGAUAAAAGAUCCAUCACUGUGAUGGAACAGCAGAAACUAGCAACGGUCAGAGAAAUCGAAAACUUAAAGGAGUUAAUCAAGAAAACAAUAGAAACGCAACAAUCCAAGGAGCACGUUAUAAGAGAUGCCCAGUUAUUGUACCAGGAAAAUAUUGAAAGGCAAAAUAAUAAGGAACACGAACUGAGCGAAGCGAAAGCGAAACUCGAGAUGUUGAUUAAUAAUAAACAGACAUUGGAAUCGAGAAUGGGAAUGGAAAGUGAUUUACAAGCGGAGCUGCAGCAGCUGAAACAGUCAAUAGGCAAAACAACUGCCACAUACGAUAUCGCCAAGAAGAAAAAACAACAAAUCGAAUAUGAAUUGUUGCAUACGAUCGAGUCACAGAUUAAAUCUUGUACCAAAAGAUUAAACACACUCCGAGAUGUUAACAAUGAACGUUUACGCACGUUGGAAAGAUACCACAAGGACACGUAUAAGGCUGUUGAAUGGUUAAGAGAAAAUGGCCAUUUAUUUAAACAUCCUGUAUAUGAACCGAUGAUGUUACUGAUAAACUUCACGGAGCCGAAGUACGCGCGCUACCUGGAGGCGACGGUGCCGAUGCGCGACCUGGUGGCGUUCACGUUCGAGUGCAAGGACGACAUGAACCGCUUCCUGCUGGCGACGCGGCGCGAGCUGGGCCUGCGCGCCGUCAACGCCGUGUGCAGCCGCGCCGCGCCGCCGCCCGCGCCGCGCGCGCCGCCCCCCGCGCACCUCGGCUUCCGCUGCUACCUGGCGGAGGCGCUGCGCGCGCCGCCCGCGCUGCUGCGCUACCUGUGCGCCGGCUACGGCCUGCACCGCAUCCCCGUGGGCGACCGCCACACCUACGAGCACGCCGACCGCGUGCCGCCGCACAUCACCUGCUUCUUCACCGAGAACCACAAGUUCACGGUGCGCACGUCGGCCUACAGCCGCGAGGUGUCGAGCUCCACGUUCGAGCUGCGGCCCGCGCGCCUGCUCGCCAACACGCUCGACGUGGACCAGAUCACCGCGCUCGAGGCCGAGCUAGUAAAACUUGAAAAGUUGAAAAAGGAGAAGGAAAGUCAGUUAAGUAACGUACAAAGUCAACUGACAACCCUUGAAGCGCAAGAGAAAGAAAUCAACACGGCGAAAAUUGAUAUCGAUAAUGUUAUUGGAAAGAUGGUCAAUUUAUCGGCGUUGAUACGUCUCCAAGAAAGGAAAACGAAUGACAUAGCCAAUGAAAGAGCUGUAAAUACUGACCAUGAAAGGGCGCUAUGCAAGGCGAAGCAAAAAGAAGCUGUUUUGAAACAGUGCCGACUACACGAUGAGUUACAAAAAAUUUUCAAGAAACUGCAUCAGACGGUUCUAAAAAGGAAACUCAUUACGAUAAGAUUAGAAAAGACGAGAGGAAAUAUAAAUGAGUAUAAAUCUAAACUCAGAAAGUCUGAAGGUGAACUUACAGAAAAUAAGGAGCUGGUAGAGAGCAAAGAGAGGGAGAUAAAGCAAUUGAAUUUGAAAGUGAACGAGAUUUUAACGAAAUUAAAGAGCAUUUGUAAUAAUAAACUGCCCAACGAUCGUGACUUCCCGUAUACUGAACAGUUCAAAGCCCUGCCGUCGACAUUGAGCCAGUUGCAGGAGCACCGCUCGGAGCUUGAGACACGAAUGAACGCUAUCAACCCAGGAGAUGCACAGGCUAUCAAAGAAUAUGAAGCGAAAGAAAGACAAAUAGCUAAAUUAGAAAAUCUAGAAACAAAUUUAAAUAACCAAAUCAUCAAGUUGCAGAACAAAAUAAAUCAAUUGAAGAGACAAUGGCUGACGGAUGUCGAAGAAUUGAUAAAUAACAUUAACAUCAACUUCAGGGAAAUGUUUAGAAGAGUAGAUUGUGCCGGCGAAGUGAAACUUGAGAAGGGCGAAAAGGAAGACGACUUCAGCGCGUACGGCAUCGGCAUCUGGGUGAAGUUCCGCGAGAGGGAGGAGAUGAUGCAGCUGUCGCGUCACACGCAGUCGGGCGGCGAGCGGGCCCUCACCACGGCGCUCUACCUGCUGGCGCUGCAGAGCCUCGUCGCCGUGCCCUUCCGAUGCGUAGAUGAAAUCAAUCAAGGCAUGGACACCGUGAACGAACGCAAAAUGAUACAACUGCUGGUCAGAGAAACGACAGAUCUACAAAACUCACAGUACUUCAUGCUCACACCGAAGUUACUGCCAAACCUCGAGUACAACGAACACAUUAUGGUUCAUACGAUUAUGAACGGGAAGGAGAUCAUGAAUUACAAGGAUUGGAAUUAUUCGUCGUUCCUGAAGAAAGCGCGAUCGUAUCGUUUACCUUCGAAAUAGUUUUAUUUAUAGAGUCGAUACAUUUUAAUAUAUAUUAUGAUCACAUUGUUAUUGUGUUGUAAUUCGUUUCGAGAUGUUUGAUAAGUGAUCUGCUAUUGAAAUGUGAAGCUUUGUAAUUGCUGUGUUUAGUUAAGUUAGUUUUAUAUUAGGUUUUGUAUUAACAAGUGUCCGUCUCAGUGAUAAUUUAAUCAAGUAUUUAUUAUAUUUUAUGUAAAGUGUUCGUGCAGAACAAUUUCUGUGCUAAUUCAUGUCUAUGAAACGGUUCAUCAGAAUGUUUCACUACGGUUAUAAUAUUAACUCUGCACAUAUUAUUGUUAGACAGUAUACAUGUAUAAAUUCCAAAGAUUGAAUAAGUUUAUUUUUACUAGACAAAUAAGUUUUUUGUAAAUAAGUAACGGCUGUUUUGAAUGAACAUUAUGUUACCACUAUGAUAAUUCGUAAUAUUUCGUGCCAUCCUUAUUAUUUUAUGUAAAGUACCCGACACACGACCUCGCUUCGUUCAUUCGGUGUACGUAGAUAUAGGAAUAUUUGUAUUUUUGAAAAACUAAGAAGCUCUACAAUCGUACGUCCGUCUAGCUAGGGUACCGGAUUGGGGGGGGGGGGGUAGUGCUCGGUAGUAUCAAGUAUGGCCUGUUAGUCGUGCUUCACAGUUCUCGUAUUUUUAUAAGUCACAUAUACUUAUUGACUAUUUGUAUUGAUGUUAAAUUACAUGUAUAAUCUUGGACGUAACGUGUCGCAGGUACGAUUCUCUUUCUGACAUUUUUGUAUAUAAAUAUUUGUCCCAGACUUGUCGUCCUCCGUGUGUCUAUAAUCAUCUUUGAAUAUAAAAUGGUCUCGUUUAGUGUAUAAAUAAUUUUAUCGCAAUCUUGUGCGGUAUUUGUUAUUUACAUGUGACUAGUUGACUAGCGACGCGAAAAUGUGUGACGUAGGAGAUAGUGACGUCAGUGGCAGCCUGUCCGGAUAGGCAGUGCUAUGUUUAAAA